AUGGGUAUAGUCUCGCAAAGAGUGAAUCAGUGUCAUGGUCCUCUCCCAUCCAAGGUCACUGGGUCAGUGCCCCUUCGAGCAGAAAUCCACCUACUUGGCCGUGCUAUUCUCCAGGGUCGGCAUGAUGGACUCUCCCUGCAGCAGCGACAGCGGGACAUUGCCGUCCUUCGGCAUGGGCUGCUGCUGCUGUACGAGGUGGCCAGGCGCCCUUUUCUCAGGGCUUAUGGGCGAGACUCGGAAGAAGGAGAUGGUGAGGAUGAAGAAGACCGCAAGAGCAGUCAGGAUGAAGAACCGCGACGCCGGUCGGUGAGCCAACAUCAUGGCUGCGAGGUAUACGCCGUAGCCUGGUACGCCUUGUCGCUAUUCGUAGUGUAUCAACAACGGUCUGCCGAAGGUGCUGCUGGCAUUGAGCGCCGUUCACAGUCACGCUACAGCAUACGGUGUGAAGAAGAUAAGAGAACAGUGAGUGUCAGAGGGAAGAAAAAGGACAAACUGCCGACGUGUCCUCCUUUGUGCUCCCCUGCCAAUAAGCCAGAGCGACGGGUACGAGUAAGCCCAGCCGGUGGUGUCUUUCUUCUUUGCUUCUUCUUUGCUUCUUCUUCGUCUUCUUCGUCUUCUUCUCUUCGUCUUCGUCGUGGCCAGAUCCGGGGGGGAAGGGCGGCUGCUUAG